UGAGCAGAGCAUGACGAGAACAGAGAGGCAGAAGCUGGAGUACAGAAAAGUGUAAAUAAAUAUUUCUAUACUGAGGAACUGUGGAGGAAAAGGAACCGUUUGGGCUGAUACCUGAGCAUCUGGAGAGCCACGGAGGAACGACCCUGGGACCUUACCUGGUUUCUAAUUCUUUUCUUUUCCCGGCUGGGUUUUUUGGAUACCCUGGAUUCUGGAUUCUCUCCUUAAAUGGAGAUGGCGAGCCAACCGUGUGAACAUCUGGAUUUGGACUGAAGAGGAGGAUUUGGACUGAGGAGGACUUUCUUUUCUUGCAUUCAUCGUCCUGUCGGAGUGGUAGGACUAAAAAGAAAAACUCAGAGAUUAAAAGGGAAACCCUUUUUCUUUUUACGUUGGGAAACAAGACAUUUUAUUUUAUUUUUUUAAAGGGUGCACCCAAUUUUAAGAGACUACAAUUGAAAAAACAAACUGAAGGCCGGCCAAAUUUGUAAAACUGUUAUUUUUUCAUAUAUGUUAAUACACUUACUUCACAAAAAAUUACCUGUGUGUUUUCCUCUUACUCAAUCGGUGUCUUACUUUUUUUUUCAUCAUCACUCCCUCUUAUGAAUCUAGAACAUUCUGGUCCAGUGUCACUUACCCUUCAGACUCACUGAAGUCCAGAAGAUGGAAGAUCAAGCUCUAAAGGAGAACAAAGGUGAAAGUCCAGGGUCCAGUUGUCUGUCUAUGAGGAGUGAGCGCUCCAGAGAAAGACCUCCAGUAUUCAGUAAUGAACCUGGAUCCUUAGAGACGGAAUGGAGUGAGAGAAACAUUGUUAGGGAAAACGAGCAGCUGCCCUACUGCGCUUUGUGUCAGAAUAUCCUGUGGGACCCAGUCUCAACCAGCUGUGGGCACAGCUUCUGCAGAGCAUGCAUUGAGUCCUACUGGGUGCAGUCUGCUCAGUCAGGACACACCUCAUGUCCCCACUGUGGAGAAAGACCUACAACAGGAUCCAAACUGUGGACAGCCAAUCAGAGCAGUUGUACAGCUGAUUUUGGACUGCAAGAGGUUCUAGAGGAACAUAAGAUCAGACUGAGGAAGAGAUGUGAACAUGUGACUGAAGGAAGUGAUAAAACAGGAAGUAGUACCCUCUUUAACAAGAUCUAUACUGAUCUCUACAUCACAGAGGGACAUAGUGAAGAGGUUAAUACACAACAUGAGGUGAAGCAGCUUGAAAGACUUUCCAAGAUGCAGAACUUCCAUGACUGUCCAAUCAGAUGCCAUGACAUCUUUAAACCCCUACCUGAUCAACAUGGAUCCAUCAGACUGGUACUGACCAUCGGUGUUGCUGGUGUUGGAAAGACCUUCUCUGUGCAGAAGUUUACGCUGGACUGGGCAGAAGGCUUGGAAAACCAAGAAUUGAGUUUGGUGGUUCUGCUUUCCUUCAGGGAGCUGAACUUGAUCAGAGAAGAACAACACAGUCUUCUCUCUCUGCUUCAUGUUUUCCAUCCAACCCUUCAGAAGCUCCCUGCAGAGAAGCUGGCUGUCUGUAAACUUCUUUUCAUCUUUGAUGGCUUGGAUGAAAGCAAACUUUCUCUAGACUUCCAAGAGAAUUGGCCUUUUUUUGAUAUCACACAGAAAUCAUCAGUCAAAGUUCUUCUUACGAACCUCAUCAAGGGGAACCUGCUUCCCUCGGCUCUCGUCUGGAUAACUUCAAGACCUUCAGCUGCCAAUAAAAUCCCUCCUUCAUGUAUUACCAGGCUAACAGAAGUAAGAGGCUUCACUGAUACCCAAAAGGAGGACUACUUCAACAGGAGGUUCACCAAUGAAGAGCUUUCUAGCAGAAUCAUCUCCCAUGUUAAGGCCUCAAGGAGCCUCCAUCUCAUGUGUGGAAUCCCUGUAUUCACCUGGAUCACUGCUACAGUUCUGGAGAAUCUGUUGACCACAGAGCAGGGAGGAGAGCUACCCAAGACCAUGACUGACAUGUACUCACACUUUCUGCUAGUCCAGACAAAGAGGAAGAGAAACAAAUACUGUGGUGGACAUCAGAUUGGUCCCCAGAACCUGAUGGAAGCUGACAAAGAAGUUCUUCUCAAGCUCGGGAGGCUGGCAUUAGAGCAUCUUGAAAAAGGAAACAUCAUGUUCUACCAGGAAGACCUGGAGCAAUGUGGCCUUGAUGUCACAGAGGCCUCUGUGUACUCAGGAGUUUGUACAGAGAUCUUCAAAAGAGAAAGUGUCAUCUUCCAGAAACCAGUCUACUGCUUUGUUCAUCUAAGCAUCCAAGAGUUUAUGGCUGCAGUCUACAUGUACAACAGUUUUACCAACAAGGACACAGAGGUGGUGGGAUGUUUCCUGGGAAAAUACCACAAUUACUCUUCUUUAGAUGAUUUCAUGAAGAGACUAAUGGAUAAAUCUCUCAGAAGUAAAAAUGGACAUUUAGACCUGUUCGUUCGCUUCCUUCAUGGCCUGACUGUGGAGUCAAACCAGCAACUCUUGGGAGGCUUGCUGGGUCAAAGUUACAACAGUCCAGAAACUAUUCAGAGAAUCAUCAAUAAUUUGAAGGAAAUGAAUACUGAUAAAAUCUCCCCUGACAGAACAAUCAACAUCUUCCACUGUCUGAUGGAGAUGAAGGACCUCUCGGUUUAUCAGGAGAUUCAACAGUUCCUGAAAUCAGAAAACAGGUUAGAGAAAGAGCUAACAGAGAUCCAAUGUUCAGCUCUGGCCUACAUGCUGCAGAUGUCAGAGGAGGUCCUGGAUGAGUUGAACUUGGAGAAAUACAACACUUCAAAAGCAGGGCGACGGAGACUGAUUCCAGCUGUAAGGAACUGCAGAAAGGCUCGACUUGUUGGAUGUGAACUCUCACAGACUGAAUGUGAAGUUGUGGCCUCAGCUCUGAAGUCCAACCCUUCUAAUAUUACUGACCUAGAAAUAGAAGUGAUCCAUGGAGGGAGAAGCUUUGGAGACUCUGGAAUGAAGCAUCUAUGUGAAAUACUGGAGAGUACGGUCUGUAAACUGAAGAUCCUGAGAUUGAUGGACUGCAGGUUGUCUGGGGGCAGCUGGGCUUUUCUGGGCUCAGCUCUGAUAUCCAACCCCUCACAUCUCAUCGAGCUGGACUUAAGCGGGAACUAUGACCUGAAAGAUACUGGAGUGAAGGAGCUCCGUAGUUUUCUGCAGACACCCCUCUGCAAACUUCAGAUAUUUAGAUUGAGGGACUGCAGGCUGACAGAGAUGAGCUGUAUUUCUCUGGUCUCAGCUUUUAAGUCCAACCCCUCCCAGCUGAUUGAGCUGGACCUGAGCUUCAAUGACCUAAAAGAUACUGGAGUAAAGGAGCUCUGUGGUAUUCUACAGACUCCUCUCUGCAAACUAAAGAUAUUGAG